AGUCUUACUACAAUAUAACACAAUUGCAACAUCACACGUUGCUGCCUGUUGCUACAUGGUUUCAACUCCACAACCUAUCUUGACCACCAUCUAGUGGUAUAAAUAGUUCUUACAUAAAAAUCCAAAAUGGCGGCGCCCUUAAGGACAUUGUGCUGUACAGCUUUGAGGCAUUCCAGUCGUUGUUUUACUACGACGUGUGGGACACAGGCUGGAAUCAAGUGGAGGACCGAAAAUGGUCUGGCCCGCAGUGGAACAGAGUAUGGCCCCAUGACAGAUCUCCCUGACUGGUCCUUUGCAGAUGGCCGGCCUGCACCCCUGAAAGGACAGCUGAGGAGAAAGCAGGAGAGAGAGACGUUAGCAAGACGUGUAGUGAAUCUCAGCUCGGAGGUGGAUAAGGGGAUGGAGGUGUGGAGGGAGAAACACGAAGAAGCCAAAAGAAUGCAGGAACGCAAUAAAUCUCUUCUGCUUAAACCCAAAGGAAACCUUUUAUUGAAGAAAAAUAAGUAAUUAUCACAUUUUCUGUUCUAGCCCACUUGAGUUAUUGACAAAAUGGAGGAGAUUUGCGCAGUUGGUGUAUGGCAUUGUCUUUCCAUUUACGUUUGUACUUAUUUAGCCCUUUUCAUUGUUUUCUGAAAUUAAACUUGAAUGUAAAUCCA